AUGGACGACGAGAACGUCCUCAACUUCUGCGGCAUCACUUCGUGCGACCCAGACAAGGCCGCCCAGUACCUGCGUCUCACCGAUGGCAACUUGGAGCAGGCCAUCCAACUCUUCUUCGACUCCCCCGGGCUCGCCGAUGCCCCUUCUGCUCCCUCGCAGCCCUCGGCCGCCGCUUCCUCCGCACAGAACCCCAUCAAUGUCGACUCAGACGAUGACAUGGACUUCGACCCUGCGCCACAAGGCACGACGCCACCCGCACGAGCACAGCCAGGCGUGGAAGAUGACGAAGCCAUGGCACGGAGGUUACAAGAGGAGAUGUACGGCGGUGGCGCGCCUGGAGGAGCUGGCUCUGAUGAGGUCCGCGCGCCCAUAGAGCGGAGAAUGGAAACACUCGUUGGGCCAGGCUCCAACUGGGGGCCUGCUGAGGACGAGGAGGAUCUCGAUGCCAUGGUCCAGGAGCAGCUGGCUCGUCGGCGAACAGGCCGCGCAGGUAUCUUCAACCAGCACACCACCCACACCAAUGUCUGGGACAACGCGACCGAUUCGAGCACUCGGCGACGCGAGCUUGCGACCGCGACGGGCGGUGCUUCCGAGCAGUCCUCCAAGAUGAACAUGCUCGCAGAGCUAUUCCGCCCACCAUUCGAGAUUAUGUACCAGGGAUCCUGGGAAAAGGCGCGAGACAUGGGCAAGGAUGAGGAGAAGUGGCUACUCGUCAACAUCCAAGAUCCUGCAAUCUUUGAUUGCCAGCGCCUUAACAGGGACAUCUGGAAGAACGAAGACAUCAAAGCGACGGUACGAGAGAACUUCAUCUUUAUGCAAUACGCAAAAGACGACCAGCGUGGACAGCAGUACAUGAACUACUACUUCCACGCCCGCGACAGCUCCGACGCCUACCCUCACAUCGCCAUCGUCGAUCCCCGAACGGGUGAGCAAGUCAAGGUCUGGUCCGGCCCACCGAUACCCGAGCCAGUCGAGUUCCAUGCUCAGCUCCACGAGUUCCUUGAUCGCUACAGCCUCAACGUCAACGCGAAGAACCCCGUAGCCAAGCGGAAGUCUGAGUCUAAGAAAAAGGACGUAGGCCGCAUGACUGAGGAGGAGAUGCUAGAGAUGGCACUACAAAACAGCAUGGACAACGGCAAGGGACCAAAGGAUGAUGACCCAGAUGCUCUCACCAAAUCUACGGACAACAUCAAGGGCAAGGGCAAGGCCGAAGAAGCCGCACCGGAACCCGAAGCCGAGCCCGAGGCAGCUCCUUCAAAUCCCGUCUUCGCCGCUAUCUCUGCACAUGCUCCCCAUACCGAGCCGACCGUUACCGACCCCAAAGUCACGACCCGCAUCCAAUUCCGUGGGCCGUCAGGACGCCCAAUCGUGCGCCGCUUCAACCUCUCAGAUCCUGUUCGCCGCGUCUACGAGUGGAUCAAGUCCGACGUACCCUGGGAAGGCAAACAAGGAGCUGAGUUCGAUCUGGCGUUCAUGGGCAAGAACCUCCUCGACCACGUCGACGACACAAUUGAAGUCGCUGGACUCAAGGGUGCAAGCGUGAUGGUAGAGUUCUUGGACAAUGAGUAG